AUGGCUUCCACCGUUGCUAUCCCCGAGGGCGGCACGUGGCUUGAUACGAUGAGGAGGUCCUUCAAGGACGUGCCCAUCGACGAAGCCAACGACAAUGCUAUCUCAACUACUGAGUUCCUUGAAGCUGCCGAGUCUCUGGUUAAACUAUUCGAUAUCCUUGGCUCCGUCGCUUUCACCCCAGUUAAGAAUGACUUGACUGGAAACAUCAAGAAAAUCCGAGAUCGUCAACUGGCUGCCCCAGCGGAAUCCGAAACCCUCCAGGCUCUUGUUCUCAAUGAGCUGAAAACAAAGCAACACAAAGCUACCGAGGGUUUGGUCUGGCUUAUCCGUGGUCUUGACUUCACCGCCCAGGCUUUCAGCAAGAACCUUGCUUCAGAAACCAACGAGGAGCUGGCGGCCUCCUUCCGAGAUGCAUAUACAAACACCCUUAAACCACACCAUAGCUUCGUGGUGAAGCCCAUAUUCAGUGCUGCAAUGUCAGCAACUCCGUACAGGAAGGACUUUUAUGCGAAGUUGGGGAAAGACGAGAGCCAAACUCGUGCUGCAAUGACGGCAGAAAUAGCAGCUCUAGAGAAAGCAGUGGAUAUCCUGAACAAGUUCUUGAAGAGAAAGGAAGCUCAAUGGUAA